CUUCCGGUAUGGUCCUGCCCCCCCCCCAACCUGGCGGCUCCCAGAAGCUAUUUCCGGCAGGAGCAGGCCCCAGGAGGGGGGCACCGUCCGGCGAAGACUCGGGACCCCCAGCGACCCCCGGGACUUUCUGAGCUCCGCCCUCGGAGGACCCCGCGCCCCCCCCAGGCCAUGAGCCUGCCGGGGGCCCCCCUGGGCCUGUCCCGGAUCCCCGGCGCCCCCUACGAGGUGGUGGUGCUGCAGGAGGGCUACAGCCGGGCACUCCCGGACGGCUCCACCCAGGCCGACGGCUCCGUCACGCUGCUGCGGGGGCCCCGGCUCACCCUGGUGGACACGGGGGGGCCCUGGGGGCGGGAGCGGCUGCUGGGGCUGCUGGCGGCCCAGGGGGUGGCCCCGGGGGACGUCUCCCACGUGGUCUGCACCCACGGCCACUCCGACCACGCUGGCAACCUCAACCUCUUCCCCGGCGCCACGCUGCUGGUGGGCUUCGACCUCAGCCGGGGCGAGGGGCUCUACCUGCCCCACGGCCUGGGGGGCGGCACCCCCUACCCCAUCGACCCGGGCCACGUGGAGGUGCUGCCCACGCCCGGCCACACGGCCGCCCACACCAGCGUGCUGGUGCGGGGCACGGCCCUGGGCACGGUGCUGGUGGCCGGGGACCUGUUCGAGCGGGAGCAGGACGAGGGCGUCUGGCAGGCCCUGAGCGAGGACCCCGCCCAGCAGGAGCGGAGCCGCCGGCAGGCGCUGGCGCUGGCCGACGUGGUGAUCCCCGGCCAUGGGCCCCCCUUCCGCGUGCUGCGGGCGGGGGGCAGCGCCGGGGGGGAGACGCCCCCUGGGCCCCACUGAGCCGCAAAUAAACCCAGCUUGGCCACCCCC